AUGGGGUGUUGGGAUGGUGAUGAUCAUAAAUUCAAGAUGGCGUCUACGAAAUCGCAAAGUCCGAAAUGCAAGAUACGAGCUAACUUUGAUGUCAAAAAAAUUAGCCGAUUUUACAAGAGCAAGGACAGCCUAUUCUUCUACACUGUUAUAACAUUCUUAACAGUUAUUGCACUUUACUUUUUAACGAAGGAUUUGAAGGGCAUCACCUCGCCAGAGGAAGUGGACUUGGGUUCUGUAAGAAUAUCACGUCAUCAUCGACAGAGGCAUAACAGAACACGGAGGUGUGAAGAUUAUUAUUAA